CUUGGUGGGAGACACUCAAGAGAGCAAGAUGUUCUCAUGCUGCAUCCCCACGAAUCGAGGCUCCUGCUUCAAAAAUGGCAGGAGUGAGAGCUUUUUUCGUCACUGCCGACAAAGGCUCAUCUCUCACCCCAGGCGCUUAUGGCCUUUUAGACACAGGCGCACCCAGGUGCCACAUGGCAGCCCAGGGCAGAUCCUCGUAAGCCAGUUCUCAUCAGAGAGCCCAUCAGGGUUGCAUCGGUAUAUUGUCCUUGUCCAGCUGCACAAUCCAGAGCACAUGGAGGCACAGGCACAUGGUGAGGUGACCUGCAGUCUGGAAGACUUUUUGGGGGUGGUGUUUUGGGCCGGAAUUCCUUUCGAUUCAGUGAAGUCGUUUCCACAUUGGUGACUCUUUCACCUUUUUCAACUCCUGAAGUACAAAAACUUGAAAUACGAGAACUUCAGAGAAGCCUCCCCUGCAGAGACAUCACAGGAGCCGGACUAUCCCAGAGAGGAGCUGCCUGACAGCCUGCCACCUGCUGUCACCACUGGCCUCAGAGAGGGGGUGGCCAGCACAGCCCCAGCCAGCAGCUCCAAUACUGCCCCUAGUUCUGGGCACGCUGGGAGCCAUGGAGGCGGAAACCAGGGUGUGCAGCCUGGGCUCCUCUCCCUCGCUGGAGAGAGGCUUCUCUCAUUCACAAGAGCCACAGUCCUGCUGCUGCAGGAACGCUUCCUUCUGUUGGUGCUGGUGGUAUCUAUGUGCAUGGAGUAGGCGCCUGAGAUCAGGAAAAGAAGCCUUUGAGGAAGGGUUCCAGCAGUUCUUCCUGCUCCCAGAGGCAGCCUCCUCCUCCAGGCAUGGAGGUCUCUCUGCAAUUGGGCAUCUGGCCUCCCUGAUGUCCUGCCCAGAAUGGCCUUUUCUUAACAGAUGGGCAGCAGGUGAGGGGACCAGGGGGGUGGGUCCAAAAGCUACAGGAACUAAACCUUUCAAACUCUUAUGGCCCCGGCUCUCCAUGCAGCCACCUGCCCUGGCUUAUAGUCAUAGUGUUAGAAUUAGCAGUUCAUCAAAUAAACUUUUAAAUAAAGUUUGGCUUUUGGAAACUUUCAUGUCUUUUUUUUCU